AUGGAAUUGAUAACCGUCCGGCGUUUCACGGAGCUUAGCGAGGAUCACAUUCAGCGCUGUGGGAAGUAUGUGGUGGCCGUGGCCGCGGCCUACUACAUCAUCACCAGUUUCCGUAGCAUCGUCCCCGCGGAUGUGAAGUACGCGAUUGAGGCCCACAUGCCUCAGGGCUACGACCGCAGCCUAAUCGCCGCCCGCCUUGAGCAGCGCCACACCAAACACCUCCUGAUGAAGCACUUGCCGCUCGCCAAACUUCGCGAGGCGCUGCGACUUGAGACGGAUCGGCAGGCGAAGUUGCGCCUAUGGGACCAAACCCUGCACUUGAACCUGACGGGCCUCCUCGCCGCGAGCUACCUCCACAGCCUCACCAUCACCUUGUUCACGCUGAAGAACACCGUCCGGGUGCUCAUCUUCCUUCUGCGCCGCCGGGAGGAGGAGCGGGUCGGACGGACGGGCUUCGUCCCCGGGGCGAUCUCGAAGCUCCGCGCGUGGUGGGUGAACGGAACGCGGGCGGUGAUGAUGGAGAAGGUGGUGCAGCUCAUGAGCCGCCGCCUCGGGCAGGCGACCUCGCCCUUCGCGGAGGGUGGGCUCGACGAGGAGACGGCGACGUCGUGGGAACGGACGGCGGCAGAAGGGGGGGGAGAAAGGGAGGGGGCGGGGGAGAGGGAGAGGGGAAAGGACCUCACGGGCCUCGAGGGCGACGGCUUUUCCGUCCGGGGCGUCCUCCGCGUUGCGGGACCCCGACUCCUUGCGUCGGCGCAGCGCGUUGUCGCGGAGAUCGUGGAGAGCCGCCCGAGUCAUUUCUUUGGCGCCGCGAACCUUGUGACGCGGAGGGAACUGCAGGGGCUGUUUCGUGACCUCGCGGCGGGGAUGGAGCGGCGGGUGGGGGUCGCCGCGUGGACAGGGGGGGGGUUGCCCGCGUCGCCCGUCGCCGAGGCCGACGGUGUAAGUGGGGGAGGGGCCUUCCGAACCCCCAACGAGGACGGCGAGGCCGACGACGUGGUCGAGUUCCCUGCCGGGUCGACCGCGAUGCUUGGGCACGAUGGCAAAGUCAUGUAUCCGCGCGCGGGCGCCCCGCAUGGCCGUUGCAGCGCAACCUUCAGCCGUGAUGGCAACCCCGAGGAUGCUUCAUACGAACCGCUGGGUCGGCAAUAUAGUGUUGGUGCCGUCGACUUUCCGUGCUCUUCGGCAUCCAUGGACGCUGGGGAGACGUCGAUGGACACCCUCCAUCAAGAGCGAGAGGUCAAAGCACAAAGUACAGGCUUUUUUCAAGAACUGCUCUGCAGCAUCAGCGUUGAGGAGCUGGUCCUUGAUCACGCCGCGGAGGUGCUCAAUCGGAGCUUCAGACAAAUAUUGGAGAACCUGUCGAAUGUGAAGUCCUACGAUGAGGUAACAGACUCCGUCAAAAUGCUCAUGUUUAUUGCGGCACUGGAAGCACCUCGUCAGCGGUUGUAUGAUGCCGAGUUUGACAUUAAGUCCUACUUGAAGUUGUUUUGUGAGGAAACUGUGCGCUCAACCUGUUCCCAGUAA